UCCUCACCGUACCUUCACCGCUCGGCAUGGCCUCCUCGGUGGCCCGCAUACCCUCCGCCGAUGAGUGGCAUGACCCCGGCCGCCUCGCCGCCGCCGUCUUCGGCGCGGCCCGCGGUCGUACCUCGUUCACCCCUGCCAACCUCAAGAAAGUCCUCGUUCGCCAGCAGCAGAGCAAGGAUGUUCCUUCCUCCUCUUCUUCUUCCUCAGCUUUGACUGCUGCCGGCGAUUCUGUCGCCGGUGAGGAGGACGGUGGGUCGCCGGCGACCGCGCGCAGGCGGCAGUCGCAGAUCCACCAUCGGUGGGCGGUGCAGCAGGCGCGGGAGAUGGUCACCACCAUCGACCGGCACGCCCAACAGGCGGAGAUCUCCACGUUGACCACCACCUCCCAGCCCGUCUCUGUCCGCGCCGCCUCGCUGCUCCGCGAGGCGUCCCCUUCGGCCUCGGAGUGCUCCGCUGGAAGCGCCGCCGUCUCUUCUUCCUGCGCUGGUGCAGGCGCCGGAGAUCUGCCGCCCAACGUCCGGGCCUCCUCGCUGAUACAGAUGUGGCGCGAGCUCGAGGCAGAGGCGGGGCUCACCCCGAAGCACCGCACGGUGUGCGGCGGUGGCACCAUGGAGAACGCCAGUGCUGCUUCGUUCUCGGCCGACGAACCUUCUGGUUGCAACUCCGACUUUUCCGAUGAGUCAGACGCGUUCGUGGACUGGAAUUCUGACAUGACGACGACGGCGAAUUCUUCUUCUUCAUGUUCAUUGAACGACAACGAGAAAAGCCGGGUGGGGAGCAUCGUGAAGAUGCUGAGCUCAGGCCAUGGCGCGCGUAGGUUCAUGGCGACGUUGAACAGCGAGAACGAGCCAUCGGGGCGAGAGAAUCCAGUGGCGACGAACAAGACGGAGAGGCUCCGCAGCACGGGGUCGUCCUCCGUUCUGAGUCCAAGGCGGCUGAGAGGGCGAGGAGAGAUGGAGAACCUGGUCGCAAGGAUGGAGAAGGAGCGGCGGAGGGAGCUCGCGGCAUUGGCCGAGCAUCAACACGUCUCACGAUUCCCAUAUCGCGGCCGUCUCCAGUCGAUGCUGAGGCUCAAAUCUCUUCGACGACAAGUGGAAGUGCACGAUCAAAUGCAGGGCCCUUCGACAGCUUCGGAAUUGGAUCAAUUGCACAAUGGAUCCACAAUCUCUUAUCUGAGGGAGAGAUUUAACCACAUAGGACAGCAUUGUGGAGGCAGAAAGCGAGCUCUGGAGAGCUCGAGCAGUGCCCAUGUCCAGUUCCCCAUGGAUGCUGAAGACACCGUCUACAAGAGCAGUGCACAAGUCCAGUUCCCCAUGGAUGCUGAAGGUUCAGCCCAUACAUAUUCCAGCGACAACAAUCAGUAUCAGGAAAUUGUGAUUCAUCCCCAAAUCGCUCCACCUGAGACCAACUCAUCAUAUUCCAGGAGUGAUUACCUACAGGAAGGAAGCCAAAGUGUUGAUGGUUCUUGGGACGAAAGGAACCUAUGGGUGACCAACCUUGACUGGCAAAGACCGUCAAAUGGUUGGCACGGUGAGGCUGUUGCAGAGGAGCUUGAAUCGUACCCACAGCAAAACACGAGUAAUUGGAUCAGCAGGCCUUCCGAUCCAUGGACAGGAUGGGGGGCGAACAGGAAACCUGAUGCGUAUCAUGACUUGUUCCAGAAUUUCUCUGAUAAUGUCGAGAUCCGGGAGCUUCUUGAGAGAAGAAGAGUCUCAACUUCUCUUGCAAGCGAUUUUUGCAAUAAGAUGAAUCAACUGAUCUUGUCGUUCUUACACCGACAAACACAGCAAAGUUUUCAUGAGAAUUCAGAAGAAACACAUGUGGAUUAUCCGUUCUGGCAACCAAGUGACGAGUACUGUAACGCUGAGCAAGAUGCAUCCGUCUCAUCAUCGCUGGUACCUCUACAAUAUCACACCUUGCACCACCCAGAGAACUGGCAACAUACUUCAUUCACUCACCAGUCUUCUCACAAUCUGCUAGACAUGGAAGCUAUGCGUGACUUGCGGAGUGAUAUGGCUCAAAUCCAUGAAGAAAUCAGCGAACUGCGGGCAUUGAUCGAGAGUUGCAUGGACUGGCAGGCCAAACUUAGACAAUCUAUCAAGCAUGACAUAAUGGAUGCGAUACAUCAAUCAGGUGGAACAGCAAGUGUUUCACAGGGUUCCAAAGCUAAACCAGGAGGGAGAGGAAGUUGCUGUAUAUGCUGUGAGAUGCAAGUUGACUCUCUGCUUUACAGGUGUGGGCAUAUGUGCACCUGUUUCAAGUGUGCCUGCCAAUUGCAGUGGAACAGUGGAUUGUGUCCGAUCUGUCGAUCCCCAAUUGUGGAUGUCGUGCGGACCACCUUUCCUAAUUACUAAUGGUGAAAGAUGAUGAUGAUGAUGAUGGCCAAAGUAUUGCUGCAGUCUGUAAGGCAAGGCACUGACUAACACCCAAAGGAAACACUCAGCUUUUUUGUUACCAGAGCUUGCAAAACCUUCUUCGGAGGCUAAAACCAUGAUGACUCUUCGACUUCACAUCAUAGUUCUAGCUCAAGAUUGAUAGUGUGUUCAUCAUUCUUUCAUAAUGACGUAAUUUCUUUGUUUUCAGUAUGCAUUGUGAUCAUUGGAGACAGGAUGUAUAUUGUCUUUA